UAUAAAAUACGAAACUUCUGUAACUAAUUUCAGUUGCAUUCUAUACUUUUCUAAACUCAACGCUUAUUUGUGUUUAUAUUUUUCCGUGUUACUUUGUUUUCUGCGUUAUGAUAUAAUUUAAUUUCUGUGUACUAAGUUCUAGACUUGUGGCUAAUGCAUCUUUUGUGUUCGUAAAGAGUUUUAAUAAGUGACAAAAUGUUUAAUAGACCUGGAUCAAAACAAAAUUUAGGAGUAAUGCGCCACUCAAAACCAUAUUGUGAAUGUUGGAGUAAACGUGGCCCUCUUGUAUGGAAACAAUUGAAUGUAUGUUCAUGUGGUGAAGACAAUGACGAAAGUGAAUGGAAGUGGCAGGAGGCUGCAGAGAGAAGUACGAGUCGAGUGGUCGUCAGCGAUGAUCAAAAGCAAGUCACAUUCCAUCCGUUCUACAGUUCGGGCACAGCCGCCGUGAGAGGGGACAUGCCGUUCUCACACAACCAUCAUUAUUACUGGGAGGUGAAAAUGCUGACUGAGACCUAUGGCACAGAUAUUAUGGUAGGCGUCGGCACCAGCAAAGUCAGCGUGUCGAAUUCGCAGUUUGAAUUCACAUCCUUACUGGGACAAGAUUCCGAGUCGUACGGGCUGUCAUACAGGGGCGCCGUCCGACACAACGCCAUGACGGCCCAGGACUGCGCGGGCUUCUGUCGCGGGACCAUCGUCGGCGUGAUGGUGGACAUGUGGCAGGGCACGCUGCAGUUUUACAUCAAUAGGAAACCACAAGGUAUCUCAUUCUACAACCUCCGCCGGCAUCAAUGCCUGUACCCAAUCGUGUGUUCAACAGCGGCUCAGUCCUCGAUGCGACUGAUCUAUGCCUCCUCGUGGCGCGCUUCUCUGCUGGUGGACGCAGCCAAGACCCUGGCGGCGUCGGUCAGCGCUGACGAGAGAUUGAGGAUACCACCCGGUAUCUGGUAUACCUUGAAAUCAAAUUUCUGGAUGACAUACCCUAACAAAGGUUGCGUAUUAGACGAAGAUGAAGAUGCACCGAUGGAAAUCGAACCUGCGAAAACGUCCACAAGCAUGCUAACCGAGAUAUUGCCGAGCCCAUAUGUCAACGGUUACUACGUGGAUAGCGUGGAGAUGAACUAUCGCGUUGUUGUCUACGAGUAAACCAACAAAGCAAGCCGUGAUAUAAUUUUAGUUGUGAUAUAUUUAUGUACUAGCGGUUCCCGUGACUUCGUCC